GUGCUUGCCACGCCGGGCACCAAUCCGGCAGGUAAACAAUUCACGUCGGUUGCAAAAUUACAUUUGCAGACAUGUGAGCGUGAAGUUACUAAUAAAAUGGUGCCGUUUCUACGAAUUGUGGAGAUUGCAAAUUGCGGCCAAGAAGAGCAUUCAUGAUGGAACACCACUGGGACAGCACAGAGCAGGUUUUCCACGACGCAGUCAGGGAGUAUUUGAUUGACUUGCUGUUCUUCACCAUUCUCUACAUCUCGUCCUACUUGGUCAUCUGUCGAUACAAGAGACAAGCAGAUAAGGAGGAUUAUUUCUCAGCUGAUGCCUCAGACGCCAUCGUCUACCGUGUCGCCCUAUGGAGCUGUACCUUCACCCUAGCCAUCUCUGUCGGCGCCGGUCUCCUUCUGCCAUUCUCUAUCCUGAGUAACGAGGUCCUACUCUUCUAUCCCAACAACUUCUACAUGAGAUGGCUGAAUGGCUCGCUGAUUCACGGACUCUGGAACCUGAUAUUCCUGUUUUCCAAUCUCGCCUUGUUUGUCUUGAUGCCCUUUGCCUACUUCCUGACCGAGUCUGAAGGAUUCGCUGGCUCCAAAAAGGGCAUCAAGGCUCGUGUGUAUGAGACAUUUGUGGUUCUAUUAAUCCUUGGUCUUCUAGUUUUUGGCAUGGUCUGGGUAGCCUCGGCCAUCAUGGACAACGAUUCUUCCAGUCGAGAAACACUCGCAAGAGUGUGGUCAUCAUAUCUUCCAUACCUGUACACAUGCAUCUCACUGUUGGGAGUUCUCAUGUUGCUAAUAUCGACGCCGUUGGGCUUCACCAGAAUGUUCUCUGUUAUUGGUCAGCUGGUUGUCAAGCCUCAAUUCAUGGAGAAUCUAGAGGAGGAAUACAAUAUGGCCAAAUUUGAAGAGGAUAAUUUGUUGAGAAAAAUCAAAGAGUCCAGCGCAGUCUACUCCAUCGAGCACCCAAACGGACAGACUGACAUACGGCAGAGACUGGCCGAAGUGCAGCGAGACCGCAAGGUACUAGACCGGAGGCGGAGGGCGUCGUCGUGGCAGCGUAACCUUGGUUACCCACUCCUCUGGAUUCUUCUCUUUGCCUUGACGGUCCUGUCGUUGUGUGUGGUUGGAUGGAACAUAUUCAGACUGCUCUUUGGUAUCGGCUUUUUCUCCGUCAGCAUAAAAGAAGCUGGAUUGGGGAAGGUAUCUCUGUCAAUGCUGGGUUCAUUUGGAGCGCUAAUUGAGGUCACAUUGAUCUGCUAUCUGAUGCUAGCAUCCGUCGUAGGAUUUUACAGUGUUCCGUUCUUCAGAACGCUGGUCCCUCGUACUAGGGAUACCCCCAUGACCAAAGUCAUUGCCAACUGCCUGGUGAUACUCAUACUCAGUUCAGCGUUACCGUUGCUGUCUAGAACACUCGGCAUUACAAGCUACGACCUGAUUGGUGAGUUUGGACGCUCGGAUUGGCUCCAGAACUUCUACCUUGUGAUUGGCUACAAUCUUCUCUUCAGUAUUCUGACGUCCUCCUGUCUUCUCAACAAGUUCACGUCCACGGUCCGCGUCUACAUACAGCAGAGCGUGGCCCAGUACGUGCACAACGUCCGUGAGUCCAACCACUUCAGGACGUCGUCGUUCUGGUCGCAGAAGUCGCGGAACGGAAGCACGGGGCAUGCCAAGGGGACCAAUGGGGUGGCUGCGGUUGGAAGCGGAACGGUGAACGGUGGGCCAAGUACUAAAAGUGAAUAAGGCAUGCAUUUGUGAUAUCUGUAUAGAAAAGUGUGUCACUUCAGUGUGUGUGUGUGUACAUGUGUACAUUUGGAAUUCUACCAAAGGUACAGUCAUCAGUUGUGAGUUGCUCAGUUGUUUGCAAUGUGUAAAUGUGGAUGAUUUGUUGAGGAGUUAUCACUCUGUUAACCCUAACCCCCUUUUUGGCUAGGAACCACCCUCAGUCCUCCAAAAUCCUCCAAUUGCCACCGUGGAAAAAUUGGAUUCAGCCUCAAUCCUCCAAAAUCAUCCGUUAUUUCUUGAAUUUGUUCAGUGGAGGGGUGACCAUUGCCUCAAUCCUUCAAAAUGCUCCAACAAUACUGUUAACUGGUUGAGGCAGUGCCGAUGACAUUCAGAAGCAGUGCAGAUGAUAUCGAGCAUAAUGCAGGGCUUAGUUAUGCAUAGCUGAACAAAAACAAUGCUGGGUACAGCCUACGAACUCCACACAGUGCAUCCUUCAAAAUAAACGGACGCUUUUUUGCCAUUCCGCCAAAAUCCUCCAAAAAUGCUCGGAGGAUUUCGGAGGAUUGAGGAGGGUUAGGGUUAAUCUGAGGAAAAAAGUUAAAAGAUGAAAAAGCCCAAGAAAUGAAAGUUCUAUUUGCACUGUUUGUAGGACCAUUAGUAAUGUUUCAGUGAUAGUGAUGUGUGAGUGGUGUUUGUUUAUGGUGUAAAUCGAGGACACACACGUGAAACAUCAUCGAAGAAUCGAGGACAGAAACCAAAUUCAGGACUCCUCGGUUGGAAAACUUGUACAAAACAAAGGAAAAGGGAAGAGGAACAAUAGAAAAUCCUUGAUCUACACCAUAAACAAACGUGCUGGUACAUGUGUAAGUGUGAGCUGGUGACAGUGCUUUGCACUUAAAAAAAUAUUCUGUGUCUGUGUUGUCGUCGUUUGUUUUCAUGUGUAAUUUGUCCGUAGAUUUCCUUAAAAAAAAUUCCCUGAAAGGUGUGCAAUUUGUCAGAAAGAAAAAAUUAAGAAAUGUGUAGUGGACCGUUGUGUGCCUCAUUUGAAGGCAAUAAGAAUUCAUAGCUGAUGUUUAAUCGUCUCCUAGUAAAAAAAGCAAAAAGUUAUAAACUGUCAAGAAGAAAAGUCACCAACGUAUGUUGGAUUGCAAAAAAAAAAUGGCAUCUAAAAAAUGAUAAUGUCAAGUGCAGGUUGAUGCUAAUUUGACAUUUAAAAUUUCAGUGAAAUGCAUUUCAAAAUGUGAAAGAUUUUUUGUAGAGUUAGGAAAAAUCAUAAACGACUUUGUGACUCAGUAUUUAGAAUCCACCUGACGAGUUGUAAUAUAUGUUUUCAUGUGCUGCAUUAACUCUUUGUAUGUGAUGAGCAAAUAUUUUGGUUCAAAAAGACAAGAAAUAUUUCACAAGCCAAAAUAUAUACUCAAAAGAGAUCAGCGAUAGUACUGCUGCUUUUUUUGUUUUUCUUUGUCACAUUUUAUGAACACCACCGUAGAACACCAGUAUUUUUCACUUAAGUAUUUUAACUCAAACUGAGGUUAAAUUCAUGAUCUCUGUUGGGUACGUGUCACUGAGAGUGACGUAAAUAUAUUUUGGUAUAUCUUCCUUAAAGGUAGAGUAGAUCAUUUGCAGCUAUCCGAAAAGUAACUGACAAAAUUAAUGUUGGAAAA